AUGGUAAACAAUGGUCAUCCACAGAGCAGCAAUCACAGAAAAGAUAAUGGAGUCAGCACUGAAACCUGCUCAGGUAAUUCAAACCCCAUGAAGAAUUUCAGGACUCACAAUGAGCUACACAAGGAACUGCUGCUGGCCCACAAGAGGGGUCUGGCACUGAGCAGCAGAUCAGAACUCCAGCAGGUGCUGGAGAGGAGGAAGAGGGUGCAGAGUGACCAAGAAGAGGAGGGACCGAGCAGAAGUCCUCUGGAGGACGUGCUGCUGAGACGCCAGCAGAAACAACUGGAGAGGGAGAAGGAACAAGAGGAGAAGGGACGAGAGGAAGCCCAGCUUUUGGAGUUUGUUAGAGUCCGACAGAACCUCAGAAAGAUCCACUCGGUGAUCCACAACAAGGCCGCGAAUUUCUGA